CGUGACUGUCAUCAAGUAACGUUAGAGGGGCAGAGAACAGCAGAGCAGUCGGUGCUCCGCUUAUCUGUAUCGUCGGGACUUUGGAAGUGGCCGGGGCGGGGGAGACGGGUAGCCAACCUCGGGAUUCAGGGAAGAUGGAAAUAAGUCGUUCUUUUCGAAUAUCUUCUUUGUACGCUUUCAUAGCUGUAUUGUAACGUUCAGGACAACUUACCGUACAUUGUGUUUUGUACCUUUUCCGUUUUGGAACCCACCAGCGUUAGCUAGCUUAGCAGCCAACGGCUGAUACUGUCAGACACACAGGUACAGGGGAGGAGAGGAGGGGUUGGUGACAAAGGAAGGUGGCGAGGUAACGAUGAACCGCUUUCGAAAGUGGCUGUAUAAGCCCAAGAGGACGGACCCUCAGCUCCUGGCCCAGUUCUACUACGCUGAUGAAGAGCUGAACCAGGUGGCCACUGAGCUGGAUGGCCUUGACGGCAGAAAGGACCCUCAGAGAUGUACCCUGCUGGUCAACCAGUUCCGCUCUUGUCAGGACAAUGUGUUGAACAUUAUCAAUCAGAUCAUGGAUGAAUGUAUCCCCAGUGACCGGGCCAACAGAGACUUCUGUGUCAAGUUCCCAGAGGAGAUUCGUCAUGACAACUUGGCAGGGCAGCUGUGGUUUGGGGCUGAGUGUUUGGCUGCUGGCUCCAUCAUCAUGAACAGGGAGAUAGAGAGUAUAGCAAUGAGACCCCUGGCUAAGGACCUUACUCGCAGCCUGGAGGAGGUGCGUAACAUCACCAGAGACCAGGCCCUGAGAGACCUUAACUUGUACACGGACCGCAUGAAGGACGCAUUGCGACAUUUCGACAGCCUUUUUGCUGAGUUUGAGCUCAGUUAUGUGUCAGCCAUGGUGCCUGUGAAGUCUCCCAAAGAAUACUAUGUACAGCAGGACGUGAUUGUGCUCUUCUGUGAGACUGUGGAGAGGGCCCUGAAGCUGGGCUAUCUUACACAAGACAUGAUCGAUGACUAUGAACCCGCACUGAUGUUUACAAUUCCCAGACUAGCCAUUGUGUGUGGGCUGGUUGUGUAUUCAGAGGGGCCUCUCAACCUAGACAGAAAAUCAGAGGACAUGUCUGAACUCUUCCGUCCUUUUCGCACUUUAUUGAAGAAAAUCAGAGACCUGCUGCAGACCCUGACUGAGGAGGAGUUGAUUACACUGGAGAGGAACCUGUGUAUCUCUCAGGACGGGGAGUUGUCCACAGACCAGGGGCUGGCCACAAACAGCUUACCAGCUCCAAUCCAAGAGAAUCACUCAUCCUGCAGCCCUGCUAAUGACACCUUCAAGGGGGAGAGUGAGGGGGAGCAGGAGAAUCUGUCUCUGUUUGUCUGUCCCAGCCAGGAGGAGGAGCCGGCGGAAGUGGAAAAGGGCUGGGAGGAGGAGCAGGAGCAGGGCCUGCUCUGUGAGGAGGCAGAGGAGGCUGAGUUGGCCUGCUCCAUGCAGUACGAUGAGGAGGAACUGGAGCAGCUCAACAUGAUGGUGUAUCGCGUGGGAGACGAGAUGUCCACCUUGCUGUCGCCUCCCAGCCAGGGUCAGUCCCCAGCAAACCAUCCCCACAGAGGAGAGGCAGGAGGCUCCAGUGGGGCUUCCAGCACUGAGGCCUCUCCCCGCAGGCUCCUGGUGGGCCAGGGUAGGACAGGCAUCUACGUAGAGGAGGACAGGGUCUUCCUCAUGGACGACCUGGACGCAGCAGGAGACAGCAUCACCAGCAUCUCAAGAGAGGCCUGUAGUUGUGUUGCCUCUCCUUCUAAAGCACCAGAGUCUGUUUGUCCUGUGCAGCACAAACCGGGACCACGGCCAGACUCUACCAGGAACGGCUGGUACUCUGAGGCCCAGUCAGAGCAGCCAUGCCCGCAGCCACGCAGCCAGAACACACACUGUCCUAAUGCAAAGCGCCCUCCUUGCACUUCCGCUCCUGGCUCUGAACCACUGCCUUACACCAACGGGUGGGAGAUGGGUUUGGAGGGGACAGCGUCUGAAACAGCAGAGGUCAUCGCCCACCGUAUGGGUGGGAUGAAGCUGUCUGCCACGGUCAUCUUCAACCCUCGCUCACCCAGCUUGACGGAGCUGGCUGUUGACAAGCUGCUGCUGCCGCGGCCCGCUUCCUCUGAGAUUGAGCCCUGCAGCCCCCUGGUGGCCACUCACUGCCUGCUCAACUCCUGUGUCUGCUGUGGGAGCUGUGAGGAUGGCCAUGAGGAUGCCAUCACCACAGAGACCAAUGGACUCGGGUUAGGCCUCGCCCUGGGAUUGGACAAACACUGUAAGACCGCAGCCCCCAGCACUGUCAUCCAGUCUUCUGCUUGCCGGCUGCCCCCACGAGGUCACGAGCCUCACAGUAAGGGUGAGCUCGCCCAGUUGACUCCCCCUUCUUCCCGCUGCUCUGCAGAGAUCCUGGAAGAGGAUUCAAACUCCCAACUCUGUGAGAAGUGCCUGGUGGUGGCUCCGGGGCCUGGGCAUCACGCUCAGGACUGUGGCUCCAGUGGAGGGGAUGGACCCUCCCCAUGCAGACACCAUCUGGGGACUGAAAAGAGGCAGCAGGCUAGUGGAGGCCAUCAGAGGGACAAGGAGAUGGAUAAGGACAAGCCAGGAACUAAAGACAUGAAGAGGGACACCAAAGAGGAAAGCAGGAGGAGCUCUAGUUUUCAGAACUCUCCCCUCAGCUCUGUGUCAGGUAGUGACUGUGAGAGUGUGUCGGUCACCACAUGUAGUCUGACAAGCAGUGCAUACACUCCCAGCCCUGUCAGCAGUCUGACCCCCAGCUCGGGGAUGUCAGAAGACCUGGACCAUCAGGAGAUCCAGCUGGCCCUGCAAGUUGCCAAGAUGGCUGCCAGGAACAAGAUCCGAUCACGCUUCCACAGCAGCAGCGACCUCAUCCACCGUCUCUUUGUUUGUAUAUCAGGUGUUGCUGAUCAGCUGCAGACCAACUAUGCUAGUGACCUUCGCAGCAUCCUCAAGACUCUGUUUGAAGUCAUGGCAACCAAGUGUGAGCAGGGAGACAACGAUAAGCAAAAGAAAGCAGGUCCUGUUCUGCGUAGUGCAGUGCUGGAGGACUGUGCUCUCUGUCAGGAGACCAUUUCCUCAUCUGAAUUGGCAGCCAAGGCCCGGGAGGGCCACUUCGAAGACCCUCCGGACUGGGUCCCUGAUGAAGCCUGCAACUCCUGCAUUGCCUGCAAAGCUCCCUUCACUGUCAUCCGCAGGAAGCAUCACUGUAGAAGCUGUGGAAAGAUCUUCUGCUCUCGCUGCUCCUCCCAUUCUGCUCCUUUGCCCCGAUAUGGCCAGAUGAAGCCUGUCAGGGUUUGCACACACUGCUACAUGUUUCAUGUCACGCCCUUCUACAGUGACAAGGCCAGCAUCUGACCCCAGAUCAUCACCGAAAGCACACAGUCCGCCAUAACAAGAGCAUAUGCAACGGACAGAUCCAAGGCUGUGUACAAAGCAAAUGCCACACUGCUCUGUUAAACUUAAUGGUCGCCAUCGUACCUGCUAAGCAAGGCUUCAGAGCAGAGAGACGAGACACGCAGCCACGAGUGAUGUUUCGAUCUGUUUCUGUUGCUUCUGAGAGACUGGAGCAUCACCGGGAACCAAAGGGUUUGAUUUCAGUGCCCAGCCAACACACACAAAUGAUUCACAAAUGCCUGUCUGACUAUAGAAGUGCAAAAGGGAGAGGGGAUAAACAGGCAAUAACAGAUUUUGACAUUUGGCAUUGUGCAACAAUCCUCUGUAGCAGUUUGCAGCACAAAAUCAGAACAGGCCACCUUGAUUGUUUUGUUGUGUUAAUUGUAAAUGAAAGGACUUGUGACAUAUUUUCCUAUGAUUUAGCGAGCUUCCUACAUUUGUGCCAGAGCUCCCACGGGACUCGGAUUACUCAAAAGAAUGUAAGUCACGAUAACCAUGUAAAUAAGGCUAAUCUGGUAAUAGCUACACUACAAUGUCUUCAGUAAAUGGUUGCUAUUUAUAUGGGAACUGGAAAGCAAUCUUCACUAGGCUACCACUCCCACUAAAGCAAAAAUGAAAAACAGACAGCUUUUAUAUUGAGAUUCCUUCAUGCUUUUAAUGCCAAUGAAUGUGUAAUUCUGUAUCACUUUGUGAAAUGUGCUCUAGGUUCCAACAAGUUUGAUCGUUCACCUCUUGAUGGCAAAGGGCUGUGCCCCUUGCUUUUACAGUUGCACCAUGGCAUGUUUAGUUUUCUCUGGGGACUCCGCUGCACACUGAGAUGGAUAAAAGGGAUUCAUUAGUCAUCACCGUCAGGGCUUGAAGGCCCCCUAGUGGAGAGUUGGCCUGUCUUUGCUCAGUGCUCUCAUCACCUUGUUGUGUACAAUUUGUUCUGAAUCAGAGGCCUUCUCAGGUGCUGGCCUACAGACUACAGGCCAGUUAUUGCCCAUUGAUUUCUCUUCCUCACGCUCGAUAUAGUGCAAUAUUGUGACUACUAACUGCAAUGGUCCUGCACAUUUUAGAGACAACCCUUUGCUAUUUAAAUUGUAGCCAUUUCUGAAGAGAGAAGGUAUAUACUAAAUUAUUUCCAUCUUUGGCUCUGGUGGUACUGUCGGACAGGAACAGUUAUUUUGUUCCCAGACUGACAUCAUUUGCACCUGACUUCCUUUCUGCUCUUUGAUCUGCAUCCACUGCAAUGAGUAUCUUCCAUGCUUAUUAUAUAUUAGUUUGUACAUCUGAAUGGUCUGAAGUGGCCAAUCUACAAAUAUGGACCUCUGAGCGACAUGGAUGAAAUAUCACAUUAUGUCCAUUCUGCUCUGACGUGAAGCAGUUUCUCAGGCAUUACAUAAUCAAAAUCACUCACUACUGUUGGAUCAAUCUUAUUUUCAUCAAAGAACAUAUAAACUCACUUUUAAAAGGUAUGUGUUUUUUCUUUUAUAAAGAACAAAAACAAUGUAUGACGCUAUAAUUACUUUUAUGUAAAAUACAAGGAGUCAUGCAGUAAUUAAAGGGCGGGAUAUAUUAUUAUUGUUUCAGAGCUUCAUCUUAUUUUGUAAAAUUCCAGGACAUUUCCAUGAUAAGAGCUGUGUGAAAUAUUCAACAAACAAAUAAUGUUAUAUAGUUUUAAAUGCGAUGUAUAUUGAAAUAAAUUACUUUUUCCUGUUUAAAAA